AUGAGCAAGCUAGUUCUAAUUGCAGGUCUCUGUAUUUCUCUGGGUAGUUUGGUCUCCACUACCAGACUGGUGUGUUAUUUCACCAACUGGUCACAAUACAGACCUGAGAAUGGGAAGUUUAUGCCAGCGAAUAUUGAUCCACACCUGUGUACACACUUGAUUUAUGCCUUUUCUUCCAUUAAUGAAACAAAUAUGUUGACAACUCUAGAGUGGAAUGAUGAUGAACUGUAUAAAUCAUUUAAUGGACUUAAACAAAGGAAUCCAAAUCUUAAAACACUGUUAGCAAUCGGGGGCUGGAACUUCGGAACACAAAAAUUCACUUCCAUGGUGUCAACUCAAGCCAACAGAAAUACAUUUAUCCAAUCUUCAAUCAAACUACUGAGAAAAUACAGUUUUGAUGGUCUAGACCUGGACUGGGAAUACCCCGCUGCAAGAGGAAGUCCUCUAGGGGACAAACACAGAUUCACACUACUAUGCAAGGAACUCCUGGAAGCUUACCAGGCAGAGGGCGCUGAAACAGGCCGUCCCAGAUUAAUGGUAUCUGCAGCUGUGGCAGCUGGGAAAGGAACCAUUGAUGCUGGUUAUGAAAUAGCAGAGAUAGCAAAGUACUUGGAUUUCAUCAACGUGAUGACAUAUGACUUCCAUGGCACCUGGGAGAGGGUCACCGGACACCACAGCCCCUUAUACAAGGCAUCCCAUGAAACUGGGGACCAGGUUUAUUUAAAUACAGACUUUGCAAUGAGGUACUGGAGGGACAAGGGGACACCUGUAGAAAAGCUCAACAUGGGUUUUGCUACAUAUGGACGCACAUUCCUGCUGACGACUCAGUCCACUCAGCUUGGAGCUCCUACCAGUGGUCCUACUGCUGCCGGUCGUUUUACAAGAGAAGCAGGAUUCUUGUCCUAUUAUGAGAUUUGCACUUUUCUUCAAGGGGCCACAGUGCAUGAGAUCGAAGAACAGAAAGUUUCUUAUGCCACUAAACAAAAUGAGUGGGUUGGUUUUGACAACAAAAAUAGUUUUGAAACCAAGGUCCACUACCUAAAACAAAACAGAUUUGGAGGUGCGUUUGUUUGGGCCUUGGAUCUGGAUGAUUUCACUGGACAGUUCUGUGGUGAAGGAAACUACGUCCUGAUCAAUUACCUCCGCACACUUCUGACGUCAGAUCUUCCUCCCCUUCCAGCAACUCCUCAAACUCAGACAGUGACUCCAUCAACAGACCAAGGACAACCUCCCACAAGACCUCCCACUAGACCUACCACCAGACCUCCCACUAGACCUCCAAUCAUCCCCUCAGUCAACGUACCUGACAGCUUCUGUGCUACAAAGAUUGGAGGGAUUUAUGCCAAACCUGAUGCACCAAAUUCAUUUUACAGCUGUGCCAAUGGGAUAACAUGGAUCCAACACUGUCCAUCUAAUUUAGUAUUUAGAGAUUCCUGCAAAUGUUGUGACUAUGCCUAA